UCUCUCAUAUAAUAUUUGCUUGCAGUUUACUAUAUAUACAAUCUUUUUGCAUUUUGGGAUGGGUUCUGUUGUGUUCUUCCAUCAAGUGGAAUUCUUUCGCUUCUCCUAGAAGUUUUAGUAAAAAGGGUAUUCUUUUAUGGUUUGAUAGCUUUCUGGGAUAUUUUGCACUUGGAUAUAUAUGCAUACACGAGGUUGCUUUUCAAAAGGGGCAAGAAAAGUAAAACCCUUCUCAGUUAAGGAGAGACAAUCAAGAGGCUUGGUGAGUUCUGUGUUCCUGGGAUGUAUCUUUCAAAGGUUUGUAGGUGUGAAGUUGUUCUCUGCUUGUGGUUUUGCUGCUAUUUCCUAUUGGCUGCCGGUCAGGUCACUGACCCCACAGAAGUUGACGCAUUGAGAGCCAUAAAGAGCAGUUUGAUUGAUAUUAAUGGAAAUUUGAGCAGCUGGGAUCGUGGAGACCCAUGUACAUCUAACUGGACAGGGGUUAUGUGCUCCAAUACAACAUUAGACAAUCGCUACCUGCAUGUUCUACAAUUGCAACUACUGAAUUUGAACUUGUCUGGAACUUUGGCACCAGAGAUUGGCAACUUAUCUCACCUAAAAAUAUUGGACUUUAUGUGGAAUAACAUAAGUGGGAGUAUACCAAAGGAGAUUGGUAAUAUCAAAACUUUGGAACUUUUACUCCUGAAUGGAAAUAAACUAAUUGGUCAUCUGCCAGAAGAGCUUGGCCAUCUUCCGGUGUUGGACAGAAUACAAAUUGACGAGAACCAAAUAACAGGACCCAUACCAUUAUCAUUUGCAAACCUGAACAGCACAAAACACUUUCACAUGAACAACAAUUCACUUACUGGACAAAUCCCACCACAGCUUUCCCAAUUAGGAAGCCUUAUGCACCUUCUUCUUGACAGCAAUAACUUAACAGGAUAUCUCCCAUCCGAGCUCUCUGAGAUGCCAAGCUUAAUGAUACUUCAACUUGAUAACAAUAACUUCAGUGGAAAUAGCAUUCCAGAAUCUUAUGGCAACAUGUCAGGAUUGGUGAAAUUGAGUCUUAGGAACUGCAACUUACAAGGACCAAUUCCUGAUUUCAGUAAGAUACCACACCUUUCUUAUCUUGACCUCAGUUUGAAUCAUUUGAAUGAAUCAAUUCCGACCAAUAAACUGUCAGACAAUAUCACAACCAUUGACUUAUCAAAGAACAAUCUUAAUGGAACAAUUCCAUCCAACUUUUCUGGUCUUCCACGGCUUCAGAAAUUGUCAAUUGCAAACAAUUCAUUGAGUGGCAUCGUUCCUUCUACCAUUUGGCAGGAGAGGACUUUAAAUGGAAGAGAACAACUUAUCUUGGACAUGCAAAAUAAUCAACUUACAGGCAUAUCAGGCACUACAAAUCUUCCUCCAAAUGUCACACUCAUGCUUGAGGGAAAUCCUGUAUGCAAAAAUAAUAACUCCUUAGUUGCGUUCUGUGGACCUGAAAGUGACAAUGGCUUGAAUGGAGGCUCCAAUGUUGACUGUCCCAGUCAAGCAUGCCCCCCUCCUUAUGAAUACACUGUGCAGUGUUUCUGUGCUGCCCCGUUGGUUGUUCAUUAUCGGUUGAAGAGUCCAGGAUUUUCAGAUUUCAACGCAUACAUGAGUUCAUUUGAGAGCUUCUUGUCAGAUGGUCUUAAUGUGCAUAGUAAUCAGCUGUUCAUUGAGCGUUUUGCUUGGGAGGAAGGGCGGUUGAGAAUGAACUUGAAGCUUUUUCCUGAAUAUAUUGACAAUAGAAGUUCUCAUGUGUUCAACACAAGUGAGGUUGUUCGGAUCAGAGACUUGUUCAGAGAAUGGAACAUUGAUGACAAUGACUUGUUUGGGCCUUAUGAACUUCUGAACUUCAUUCUACUGGAUCCUUACAGGGAUGUGAUUACCCGCUCUCCAAGUUCAGGGAUAAGCAAAGGUGCACUGGCUGGAAUAAUCUUAGGUGCAAUUGCCUGUGCAGUUACAUUAUCUGCAAUUGUUUCCAUUCUUAUUUUGAGAAUACGAUUGAGAGAUUAUCGUACACUUUCCAAACGGCGUAAUGCAUCUAGGAUAUUGAUAAAAGUUGAUGGUGUGAGAUCAUUGGAUUUCAAAGAAAUGGCCUUGGCUACAAACAAUUUUAGUGAGUCUGCUCAAAUUGGAGAAGGGGGCUAUGGAAAGGUUUAUAAAGGUCAUCUUUCUGAUGGCACUGUUGUUGCCAUAAAACGUGCACAGGAGGGUUCACUGCAAGGUCAGAGGGAGUUCCUUACAGAAAUAGAAUUGCUAUCCAGGUUACAUCAUCGCAACCUUGUCUCGCUGAUAGGAUUCUGUGAUGAAGAGGGUGAACAGAUGUUGGUUUAUGAAUAUAUGCCACAAGGAACACUAAGGGAUCACCUUUCUGCUUAUUCAAAAGAACCUCUUAGUUUUUCCAUGAGGUUGAGGAUUGCUCUAGGAUCAGCCAAAGGUCUUUUAUAUCUACACACAGAAGCUAAUCCUCCAAUAUUCCACCGAGAUGUCAAGGCCAGUAAUAUAUUAUUGGACUCUAGGUACACAGCAAAAGUUGCUGAUUUUGGACUUUCACGGCUUGCCCCAGUUCCUGAUACUGAAGGAAAUGUACCUGGUCAUGUAUCAACAGUGGUAAAGGGAACCCCGGGUUAUCUUGAUCCAGAGUACUUCUUAACUCGCAAUUUGACCGACAAGAGUGAUGUUUAUAGUCUUGGUGUUGUGUUUCUGGAACUUGUGACUGGGAGGCCACCAAUCUUCCAUGGCGAAAAUAUUAUUAGACAGGUUAAUAUGGCAUACCAAUCUGGUGGGAUAUCUUUGGUUGUUGAUAAACGCAUUGAGUCUUACCCUAUUGAGUAUGCAGAGAAAUUUUUGACUUUGGCCUUAAAAUGUUGCAAAGAUUCACCACAUGAGAGGCCUAAAAUGGCAGAAGUAGCUAGAGAGCUUGAAUACAUUUGUUCUAUGUUACCUGAGUCAGAUACCAAGGGAACUGAAUAUGGUACAAGUGAUUCUUCUGGUACAAUAUUCAGUUCACAACCUUCAUCAUCUACUAUAAAGACUCCUUUCAUUUCAGGAGAUGUGUCGGGUAGUGAUCUUGUUAGUGGAAGUAUACCAACCAUCAAGCCAAGAUAGAAGUUGAAAAAUAUACCUGCAUUAGAAAUUAUGGUUGAUCGAAUCUGAGAAUGUUAGUACCUGUGAAUUGAAGAAUGAAACCAUAUUUACUAAUUUUCAUUAAUUCUUUUUGUACUACUAUUUGUAAGAUAAAUUGACAGAGGACUGGCUUGCUGGUUGUAAUUAAUAUAUUCAUUUUGUAACACUGACAGAGAGUAGGUUACUUAUGAAUAAUGGUGCAUUCCAACCACUUUUGAAGUA